UAAGUCAACAAUAAAUAAAAGAUAAGAAAGUUUAUAUUAAAAAAGAAAAAAAAAACUAUUUAUGUGAAUUUCAAUAGCGUUCGACGUCACAACUGUAUGAACAUGUUGCAGCAAUUAAACGGAAACAAAAUUCAAAAUUAUCUUUCAGUUGCUGUUAACCGCUCAAUAAAUAUCAUCUUUACAAUGCUUUGCUAUGCAAUUAUAAACUAUAGUCGCAGAGUAACUGGUUUAAUAUAUGCUCAACUAGUAUUUGUGGUAAUUUUAUUGGUUCCGCAGCAGCCACCGUAUGUUGGUGGGCUAUCGGUUAAUGUGCGUAAUCAAACAGAUCAAAAUCAAACGGAUCAAUGCAUGUUAACAGUUGAUAAUUCCAUUGUUUACAAACAUGUAGGUUCUCUAUGGAUUUUCCCUGAAGAUCCGUGUAGUUUGCAUACUUGCGAAAUGCAUUCUAAUGCCACUCAACCAACAGAAACAGUUACCAAAAAACAAUGUAAUGACAUUUACUGUGAUAUUGAUUCCGAAUUGCGUCCAAAAGAAGGCACCUGUUGUGGUGAAUGUGUACGUACAAAAUGUUUAUUUCAAAAUGCAAUCUAUACUAUUGGACAAACGUGGCAAAAUCCCGAUGAUUGCAGUCAUCUCGAAUGUGUCGCUUCAGAACAGGGCGAAGCCUCCGUUAUUAAAUAUCCAAGAAAAUGCCCACCAUUUGCCAAAGAUUGCCCGUUAGAGCUAAUCUAUUCGAACAAUUGUUGUCAAUAUUGUCGCAAGCAAGCACGACAUGAUAAUAUUGAUUUAGAAACUGGCGAUGAUAAUGACGACAUAUGGACCGAAGAUUUCUACCGACGACACCCUUGCGCUAGGGAGUGUAAAGAGAAUGAAACCCCAAAAUUGUGUCGCUAUACAUUCGUAGUUGAAUGGUACGAAACUUUAUCGAAAGCUUGCUAUGAUUGUCCCAAUAAUCAAACGGAUUGUUAUCGACCUCAUUGCAUUGCAGCGGAUGGGGUGCCAAGAUCGAUAACGGUAGUGAAUCGCAUGAUGCCUGGACCUACUGUCGAAGUUUGCCAAAAUGAUAUUGUGCAGGUGGAUGUUAAAAAUAAUUUAUUAGGUGAAAGUACAACCAUUCAUUGGCACGGUAUGCAUAUGAAAGAAACACCUUAUAUGGAUGGUGUACCACAUAUCACCCAAUGCCCGAUAUCACCACAUUCUACUUUUCGGUAUAAAUUUAAGGCUGAAAAUACCGGUACGCAUUUUUGGCACUCGCAUACCGGCAUGCAACGUGGAGAUGGUGUGUUUGGAGCUUUCAUUGUCAACCAGCCGCGUUCAAAAGACGCUCAUAGUCACUUAUAUGAUUUCGACCUGCCCGAACAUAAAAUAAUUGUACAGGACUGGGUUCACGUGCCAGGUAUAAGCAUGUUUGCUUCACAUCAUCAUUCACGUGGCGAUAAUAAACCACCGAAUAUCUUAAUAAACGGUAAAGGACGCUUCUACAAUGCUAUUCUAGAACAAAAUAAACAUGAAGAAGAAGCAUUUAUGGAAAAUAUGCAACCGAAAAAUGAAACAGAAGAAAAAUUGAUGGAUCUACAAGAUGAUCCUAUUCCUGCUAACUUCUCAUUAAAUAAAUUAAAUACAGAAGAGAUUCUCUUACAACCUUUAGUUAAUAAUGUAGUGAAAAAUAUAAGUACCAAUGAAAACGAUAUCAUCCGUUUGGCUGCCAAUAUUACAAAACAUCACGCUAAACGUUCAGCAGAAAUCGAUAUAGAUUUGAAAUUAUUACCUCUAGAAGUUUUCAACGUCGAGCAUGGCUAUCGUUAUCGCUUUCGUAUUAUUAACGCCGAGUUUCUCAAUUGUCCCAUCCAAAUAUCAAUUGAUAAUCACACUCUAACCGCCAUCAAUUCGGAUGGUUAUGAUUUUGAGGCGGUAGAUGUCGGCUCCAUAGUCACAUAUGCUGGCGAACGUUUCGAUUUUAUUGUUAAUGCUAAUCAAAUCAUAGAUAAUUAUUGGAUCCGCUUUAAAGGCCUUAUGGACUGUGAUGAAAGAUUCACAUCAGCCUUCCAGGUCGCCAUAUUACGAUAUGAUGGCGCUCCCCUUGAAGAGCCAACUGCUAAGCUAACUUAUCACCAUCAACCGGAAGGUAUUGAACUAAAUGUUUUAAAUCGUGGAUCCGGUCAUUUCGAUUCCUUGACAAUAGCGGAACUGAAUGCUUUACCCUACUAUAAUAAUGUACCAGGUAUAGAUCGUCGGGUUUUAAAGCCGACUGCCGACUAUAAAUUUUUCGUAUAUUACGAUUUCUAUCGCAAGGACAAUCCGGUGUUUCAUCCAAGUAAAUACUACGGGGUAAACGCAACUCUACAUGAAUCGAAUCGUUUGUUCACACCGCAAUUAAAUCACAUUUCAUGGAAAUUCCCAGCAUCCGCUUUGCUUUCGUCGAGAGAUAGUAUAGACGAGAAGCAUUUUUGUAAUGAAACUAGUUUACAAAGUGAAGGGAUUGAUUGCCGCCAUCAAUUUUGCCAAUGCCAGCACGUUUUACAAGUACCCUUAGGCUCCAUCGUAGAGUUAAUUAUAGUUGAUGAGGGUUUCACUUACGAUGCAAAUCAUCCCUUCCACUUGCAUGGUAAUGCCUUCAGAGUAAUCGGACUGGAACGUUUGGGCAAAAAUGUUACCAUUGAACACGUUAAAAAACUCGAGGGUCUUGGCUUAUUAAAGCGUAAUAUGAUGGAACCCCCCAUUAAAGACACAGUGACCGUGCCCGACGGUGGCUAUACCAUAUUACGUUUUGCAGCUUAUAAUCCUGGCUUUUGGCUAUUUCACUGUCAUAUAGAAUUUCAUGCCGAAAUCGGUAUGGCGUUGGUUUUGAAAGUCGGCAACAACGAUGACAUGCCACUUGCACCCAAAACAUUUCCCACUUGCCAUGACUUUGUACGAGAAGAUGGCUUCGAAUCCAAUAACAGUACGAGUAAACUCUUCGACAAUUGUUGGUUUUCACAUUUACUUUACAUUAUAUUUGUAUUCUUUCUUUCGCGCGUAUCUCUCUAAUCCAUUCUAAUUAAUUUAUAGACUUUAAUCAUAUCUGAGCUGUGAUCAUGUAUAUAAAAUUUAUGUAUACCUUUUAUUAGAUGUUAUUUA